GCCCCUCCCGCUCGUGACUCAACCGCAUUCUUCACGUUCAGUCACACGAUUGAGGCAGUCUAUGGCUGAUAGAUUAUCGCAGCAGCACAGCGAUGGACGUCCAGACGCUUGUGAAGACCGGCAAGACAUUCAAUCGAGUGAUAUGUCAACCGUAGACGAUGGACUCGACGUCGCGAGUGUUGGAUGGUCCACAGGAACGAGACGUAGAUCUGAUCCGAAUGCGUCGCAUAAGGUGAUCGAGAAGAGACGCCGAGACCGUAUCAACAAGUGCUUGAGUGAACUAAGCAAGCUGAUUCCAGCCGCCUACGUCAAACAGCAAGGAACUGGGAAACUAGAGAAAGCGGAAAUAUUGGAAAUGACUGUUGAACAUUUGAAGUCACUGCAUGAUGCAGGGGUGACCAAGCGAGAGUCUGCUGGUUUAUCUCCUGAAGCAUCACCAGAAAUGCUUAGCAAGUAUCGCUUGGGCUUUAGUGAGUGUGUUUCUGAGGUUGCCAGAUUCUUGUCAACAGCUGAAGGUCUUGAUCCAAACAACCCUCGAUUCAUACGGCUUCUCAAUCAUCUCCAACUUCAUGGAAAUCGAGAGAAUUCUCUUCCAGGGACACUAGCUGUGGGAUCAGAAAUUGAUACUAGCCACAAAAUCAGAGACAGUGCAAGUCUUCCAUUAAGUGGCAGAGGUGCCACAGACUCAACAGUUUCAAACUCGACGCCAAUUGGGCUGGUCCCUCCUCAUGCUGGAGUAUUGCCACCUGCAAGUUUGGCUGCUAUGGCUAUGCUGCAGCAGACCAUGCUACAUCACCAGUUGGCAGCUGCUGCUCUUCAACAAGCUGAUCAGUCAGCAGCUACCCUACAGCAUGCUCAAGCUCAAGCGGCGGCGGCUGCUGCUGCACUCCAGCUUCCUGCUUACCAUGCUGCCUAUCAGGCAUCUCCUGCUAUAAUUCCUCUUGCAUUGCAGACUGCAUUAAAUCCUAGACUGGCUAUUUCUAAUCAAGCACUACUGGCAGCAUUGGUCAGUGGCUCAGGUGCUUUGGCUAAUUUUAGUCAGUUGGUAUCUACUUCAUCUGUACUCCCCAGCAGCUCUGUGACAGGUGGAAUAACUACUUCUGCUGGUGAAACAACGGGCAAUACAAAUUCAGCUGCUACUGCUAAUGGAGAUGGUCACAGUGGGAUGUUUGUUUCUCACGAUAAAGGCUCGUCAUCGGGCAAGAAAUCACGGCAUGGUGUCAAGACUAAGUCUAAGUUUCAAAGGGCUACAGCAAAGUCUCUUCAUUUUCCUUGCACUGUAGAAGGUGAUGAUGAAGAUCAGGAUGAGGAGAAUGGUUCUGAUCGGAUUUCUGGUCAAAAUGGUGGUUCUCAGUCUACCAGUUCUCCGGGAGUGUCACAUGAUGGGAGCGAAGAUGAACAUCAGAAUGAUGGUGAACCACCUCCAAAGAAGGACAAGAAGGCCCGUGAAACUGCAUUAUCAGAAGAAAAUGAUGACGCUGAUGUGUGACGAGGUACUGGAGGUAGAGAAAGGCCGAUGAUUGUCUUCAUGUAUAGGUAGUUUGAGAAUUUAACUAGGUAAGCUGUUUUGACGGUUUUGUACAAGCCUUCUGGACUCUACGCGCGGGUCGCUUCAUGCCCGUUUAGCAAGUUGUUGUUAGCAUUCCUACGCUGUAUGCUGUACGCAAAUAACCAAAUUCACGCUUUCAUUAGUUAUGUUUAUCUCAAUUAGAUAGGCGGCUGUGGCUAGCACAGACAU